GAUAAGCGCUAGUAAAUGCUUGGAAGCCGCAUAAUUUAGAGUUGCUGUAAUCAUUAAGCCAUGUUAACUUAACAAAUCCGAAAGAGUAAAUUGAAUAUCAACGCGCGCUACCGGAAUUCAUAAUCGAUUUAUCUUCACCAAAUUAUCAAACAAACAAAACAUUUUUUUUUAAUUUUAUAAUUAAAUAAAUUUAUUUAAAAUUAUACAAAAUUCGAUAGCAAAAGAUAUACUUUGCUUUGAAGUGAAAUUUCAACACCUUAACGCAUUGCAACUGGGGCAAGAUGCAUUUCUUGCUGAUUAUCUUAGCUUUAGUUUCAACCGCAUUUACUGCGGAAUAUCACAGAUCAGCCGCUUCGGCUGGUGUCAACUUUGUUGGAGAUAAUGGCAAUGGCAUUGAAAACACACUAAACAAUGUUGAGGAGAAACCUCGCAAUCGUCGCAUAUACGCACUCUGUCCACCCAAAUUUCAACGCAUCGGUACUGAAUGCUAUUAUAUGCCAGAAGAGCAAAGAAUUUGGUUGGAGGCACACUUCUUCUGCAAGGACAAGAACUCAAAGUUAGCAGAACCAACCAAAUAUUCAGAUCGCAAACUGAAUAUGUUUUUGCAACAGCAUGACAGACAGUCAAAUGCAUAUGGAGGGUAUCCCGAUCCUAUUUGGCUUGGCUCUACAUACGAUUGGCUUACUGGAGUUUGGCAAUGGAGCAUAAGUGGCAAAAACCUGACGUAUGACGCUUUCAGUCAAAUGGACCCUGAGAGCAGAAGAAAUUUACAAAACCAUUGUGCCGUGUUUGAUCCACAAUUAAAAUACAGAUGGUCUGCCCGGCUAUGCUCCGAAAAACAUCGUUUCAUUUGUCAGCAUAAAAUGCCAAAGGUCAGCGAGAAGAAUCGUUAUAAGAUCUACAAUAGCUGGAAUCAAACGUAUCCAAGACAAUACGCAAAUGAGGUUAUUUUGGAAGUAAUUGAUCGUGGAAACAACAAUGGUGCAAGAAUAAAUCGCCGGGUUAAGGCUGAGGGUAGUAACGAGGAGAUCGUUAUACCCAGCAUACGUGCCCGUCGUCCUGGUAAUACAAGAGGACGUGGACGUAGACCCCGACCACAUUCCACUAAUUCACCCAGUCAAAACGACGUUAACCACCAGCAAACAACUCUUCAUCCAAAUGAUAUAAACUAUCAACCUGUAGCAGUUAGAAUGACGACAACUACACCAGUAACACCGCUUAAUGUCUACAAUGAAAUUUUACCGCCGGUACUCGUAACCGUGUCACCACAAACUCAGCGUAGGCAACAACAUCAACGCACUCAUUACGAUCGUAAAUUACAAAGACAACGUGAGAAAGAAAAACGUCGCAUGCAGAAAAAACGUGAGCGGCAGGAAAAGAUGAGACGUGAAAAACAACAACGUCUUAAAGAACAACGUCGUUUAAGAGAGGAACAUCGCCAACAACACAACAACGAGCAAAUGAAUCAUCAAUCUGACGUACCUGGUCAAUUAAGGCAGCAUGAAGAAGAACUUGAGAGAAGACGUUUGCAACAACAGGAAAAUGAAGAAAGAGCACAAUUGUUAAAGAAAGAACAGGAACAACGCGAACAUUUACGACAACAAGAAGAAAAGGCACAAGAGCAGGAACAACGCAAGCGUUUGCAAGAACAGGAACAUGAAGAAAGAGCACGUCUACAAAAGCAAGAAAAGGAGCAACGUGAGCGUUCGCAACAACAAGAACAGGAAGAAAGAGCGCGUAUAGAGGAACACCAAAGAGAACUUGAAGCACUUAAACAAUUAUAUGCUGAAGAAGAGAAGCAACGAGUUCAGGACGAAGAGGAUCAACGUUUGGCCAAUGAGCAAAAACAAAAAGAACGUGAAAGAAUUGCUAAAGAAUUACAAGAACGCGAAGAAACAAAACGUAAAAUCGAAGAACAACGUGCAGCAGAAGCACGCAAACAUGAAGAAGAGCGCUUAGAAGAGGAAAAACGUUUAAAAGAAGAAUAUGAAAAACGUAUACAAGAUGCACAAAAUGAAUUAGAGCGACGUCAACAUGAGGAAGAAGAAAGAAAACGUUUACAGGAUGAAGAAAAUAGACGUCGUACAGAAUUGGAAGAAAAAGCUAGACAAGAACAAAUUAAACGUGAACUAGAAGAGGAAGAAAAACGUACAGAACUGCAACGUUUAGAAGAAACGAAACGUUUUGAACAACAAGAAUUACAACGUUUAUAUGAAGAAAAUCGCAAACGUGAAGAAGCACAACGAAAACGGCAAGAGGAAAUUGCACGCCGAGAAGCUGAACAAAAACAAAUCGAAGCCGAGGAGGAACGCUUACGACAAGAAUUGGAAGAAGCUGAAAAAGCGCGUAAACGACAACACGAAGAUGAAAUACGACGUGAAAAUGAAGCUGCCAAAGCAGAAGAAGAGUCAAAGAAACGUCAGGAAGAAGAACAAAAUCGACAACGUCUAGAACGUUUGAAUGAAUUGAAACGGGAAGAAGAUGAGUGUGUGCGUAAAGCCGAAGAAGAAAAGAAACGUAAAUAUGCUGAACGAAUCGCACGACUCUCACCAGAAAUGCAAAAGGCAUUCUUCGAACAACGUAAACGACGAAAGCAACAAAAACAAUUACAAGCACUAAGUAAUAAUGAAGCUAAUAAUUAAGAACAAAAUUACAUAUUCUAGAAUAUGAAAAAUCGAAACAAGAGAAGAGAGCAAAGAACAAAGUAAAGUAAAGAAAAAAGUAAGAAAGAACUCAUUUAUUAAGUUGAUUUAAACAAAAACUGAAGUAAAGAAUUUUAAAUUAGCAUUGAAAUAGCAGUAAAUAUAUAGUGCAUGAAUAAAAACUAAAUUAAUUUAUUAAAAUUAAUUUUAUUAAUAUUUUUUUUU